AUGCUCAACUUCAACCUCCUCCAAGUGGCAGCGAUUUUCACAUUCUCCCUCAGUGCAGCAGCACUUUCAGAGCCAAAAUGUGGGGUUAAUGGAUAUGUAUCUCCUUGGGGCUACAAUUCCGGAAAUGGUCCUAUUGCAUGGUCGAGCUUUACAAAAAUCCCGGAGAUUGGAAACGCCGUUGAGAAAUGUAACAUAGCUCGGACUUCAACUCACCAAUCACCAGUGGUCAUCCGUCCGAGUGUCAUGGAUAAAACCGAUAAAGAGACAAAGCUUGACUGGAAACUCGGUCAUGAGGGCCGUGAACUCGAGUUCGAGUUCAACGGACAUACAGUUGAGGCGAUGCUAGAGAAUAAGACCAUUCCUCUUACAUCAACACUCAAUGGGGACCCAUGGAAAUUCGAACAGUUCCACUUCCACACUCCUUCUGAACAUACACAUGGUGCUGGGGAUGAAGACAAACCGGUUCGAUUCCCUCUAGAGGUUCAUUUCGUCCACUCUUCAGGGAGUAGAAAUGCAGUCCUCGGAAUCUGGUUUAAACUCGAUGACUCCACGCUCAACCCUUUUCUUGAAGAAGUCACCAAGAAUAUCGGAGAUCUCAAGAAUUGUGGUGACACGACAAAGGAACUCCUAGUCCUAUCAGAGAAAACGUUCGGUGGAGUGAAAGAAUUUGUUGAAGCCCAUGCCACUGUUGGCAAUAGUAACAUCACCACAUACGAGGGCUCACUUACCACACCACCGUGUUCAGAGGGUGUCAAUUGGUUUGUCGUGCAGCAACCUAUGGCCAUCUCUACUACCCAGCUUAAGAAGUUUCAAGCUGUCCUCGGCCACAACUCUCGUUGCACAAAGAGUGAGUGGAGGAAGGCAGGUUGGUCGAUCGAUGUCGACAGUCGCUCGAACGACUGUAAGGCAUGA